AUGGGGCCCUGGCGCUUCCUCUCGGCAAAGCUGGCAAAGACGUGCGCGUCCGAGGCCACGACGGCAAUGGUCGGCUCGACAUUGUGCUGGGCGGCGGUGCGGCGCAUGAGUGGGAGACACAGCACGGCCAUGAGGAAGGUGCCGAUGACGUUGAUGGCGACGCUGCUCUCCCAGCCGCCCUCGCACUCGACAAAGGCGCCGAUGGCGACGCCGGCAUUGAGAACGAGCGAGUCGAGCCUCGGCAGCUCGCGCUCGACCCGGGCGCAAAAGUCGCGCACGCUAGACCCGCUCGACAUGUCGACCUGCCACACCUCGACGGCCAGGCGCACGCCCGCCGCGCUGGGCGGCCGGCUGCUGCGCGUCGACACCUCAAUGUCGGCCCGCGCCACCUCGCCCUUGGCCGUGUCGCGGCAUGCCAGUAUCACCUUGGCCGCACCCAGCCGGGCAAAAUACCGCGCCGCCUCCCGGCCCAGCCCGCUGUUGCCGCCUGUCACGAUCACGGUCUUGCCGGUGAAGUCAGAUUUCGGCUCCGGCAGCGUUUUCAGCUGGGUUCUGAUGAAGACAAGCCCACGCCAAACACCCUUUUCACUGCACUUUAUAAUCGUUUCCCAUGUACCGCCGUCACUCACGUCCUCGUCAGACCCGGCAGUCCUGCCGCCGACGCCCACUGCCCCGUUUCUUCGCUCUUCCUUUCUCAUGAGCCUAAGGAUUUUGCCGCCUGGCGUCUGGAUCGCCAACUUGGCCGGCUUCUUCCCGCUCACCACCCCAGAUCCGUUGGUUGAUGCCGAACUGGGCAUGGAUCCUGCUGCGCUAGAGCUGGUCAUGCUCAUCGCCGAGCCCGGUCUUGCAAACGGUAUUGGCGAUGCGCCCCCUGGGUUAGAGGAUGGCGUCAUCGCGGACCCCGUCCCCAACGAGCUGGGGUGUUGUCGUAUCGCAAACACAAACGUGUUGUUCAGCGCCAGCCGCUGGCACUGGGGCUGCACAACAUAUAUGUCGUGCCUCUGCGCAUGCGGCGUCGGGUGCCGCGUAACAAACUCGUACGGAGGGUUCUCCCCGGUAUGCAUUAUUGGCACCGCAAACGCCACCGGAUGCGGUAUGUCUUUGAUGCUGUGCAUCAGGCCCCUCUUUCCUGCGUACACCUUGAGAACUCCGGUGCCCUCAUCGCCGGGCAACAGCGCCUUGACCGUGUAUCGUUUCGCUCCGCCAACCCAGUCAGCCUGCGCCAGAGCCCGCUUCUUCACCACGUCUCCGGACUCGAAAAAGUCGCCGUCAGCGUCCCUCGAGAAGGCCCGCACCUCAACCUCAGCGGCCACCUCUACAUCCUCUGGCACGGUGAACUUGACAUGCACCAUCUCGAGAUCCUCGAUCCGUGUCAACGAUGUGUUGUAG